CUGAAAGUAGUUGUGAAGAGUUUAAAAUGCAUGAUUCUUCUUCGUCUGAAACUUCGUCUUCGUUUCGCCAUCGAGAAGAGAUGAGGCCUCGUAGAUCUCCCCCGCCUCUUGUUUCGUUAGAUGGUUCCCGGAGAGGCUCGCUUGUUGGUCUUCAAAGGCUGGUCUACAGCUCGCAAAUUUUCGCACAUUCACGAGCAUCCCACGAAGACUCGAGACCUGUUGCGAAUAUAGGCGACAAUGUGGUGGAAGUAAAAACAGGUAUUCUUAAAACUCUUUUUUAAUUUUUAGUACUUCUAAAUGUUUUAGCAGUAGUUAAGGAUAUUUAAUUCGUAUCCGAAGACACUUAAGUACAUAUAAUGCGUCAUUUAGCGUUGAAUUAUUAAAUCCGAAGAGAACAAAAAGAAAACAAUUCAUAAGAUUUUGGAGAAAGUACAUGUUUUCUUUGCCAAUAAAAACAUCUGAGACUAAGGUUUCAAAAAGCGUUUAUAAAUAUUCUGAAAAUCUUUGUUUUGGCCUUUUUACCAUUAUUUAAAGCUUUUUAAUCAUUUAUGAUUUGUCGCAAAGUAAUAUUUUUGCUCAGCGUGAAAUCAUCAUUAAGUUUUCUCAAAAUUCCAGAGGAGUUCUGUUCUAUUUCUUCAUCUGACAAAUGCAUUUGCCCGCAAUAGGCCCUGUACACAAGAUAUCUGUCCUCAGCGGUUAGUGAUAUAAAGGAGGCAUUUUUGAUGUGUUUGAUAACAAACAUUCCUGAAUUUUGAGGUUUUCAAAGUAAAAAUAUAAUGGAAAUUGUAAAUAGCUCUCGUGCGAAUGAUACCUGCGGUGCAACGGAAGUCAAUGUGGAUCUUUUAGAGCGUAAUUAUUUGAUGCAGUUGUAAUUGUUAUGAUGCCAAUAGGGACAGACAAUGUGGAACAAGACAGCAUAUUGCUAAUUAGCUUUAUUCAUAAAUAAACGGUUUCCAGUGGGUUUAAAAAAAAAAAAAAUAGUAUUUAAUUUUCGAAAAGCGAAAACCCCAUGCAAUAAAAAUUGCAUUUUGGCAUAAUGGACAUCAAAAUGUUCAAGACGGAUAUAUGUAUAUCCAAGCAAAAAAGGGGAAAAAGGCUGAAAAGGUCAUGACAGAUCAGUUUAGCUCUUCUCUUGGUAAUUAUCAACAUUAUGAUCACUUCGCCAUAGCGUGCGAAGAAGUAGCCGGUAGGUGAAGCUCUCACGCAAGCAACCUUCAACUUGUCUUGCAUGAGAAGCCCCAGUUCUUCUUGUUUUAAGCUUCACACAUCACGCUCCACUGCGCGAUUUUACCAGUAAUGAUUAAGAAAAUAAUCCCUGGCACCCAGGGUAACCAAUUUUCUCCUCUUCGUAACAUUUUCCUUUUCCAAAUCCCAACGGAUGACUGUAAGAGCUUUGACUGCCAUUUUUUAAAAUUUAUUUUCCCUCAUAUGGAAAGAAAUGGGGACGCAACGGUGCGCGUUAUCGAACAGUAUACGGAGGAGAUUUUAACAGGAAAAAAGCAUCGGCGGGAUGAAUGAUUUUUUUGUGCUUGAGACCUCGACGCGGUACUCCUCGAAAUUCUUGGUGGGGAUGUGCCGCCCGGUUCUUCAAACCCUGACGCUGUUACAGACCAUGAAACAUGUAAUUUCCCACACCCAUUUUGAGACCAGGGACCCGUUUCUCGAAAGCCCCGAUAACUAACGGGCCCGUUAAGCUGUUUUUGUUUACAUGCAAGAUAGAGGUUUGAAAAGUUUUGCAGCUAUCAUGGUAAAGCUACCAGUUAGUGCAACACAAUGGAGUAGUUUGCUAGCCAGGACCCGGGACCUUAUUCUUUAUAUUUCGAUUUAAACAUUUGAUUUCUGGCCCGAAAAGUUACCGGGACUUUCGAGAAACGGGCCCCUGGCCUCUAAAAUCCAUACCUGUUUUCAGACCUGGCAAAGGCAGAAAUUAGGUCAUCACUCCUUAGAUAAGAACGCCAACACAAAGAUUCGAAUGCGCAUCUUACUCUUUCUUUCUUAUUCAUGUACAGUAGAAUUGAAACGACAAAUACCUUCACACACUCCCAUAGUUCCCUCGAAAACAAUACCUAAGUUUAAACCAAAAUCUGAUGGGCAAAGUCUAUACCUGUUUUCAGACCGAAAUUGCGCGAAAACCAUACCCUUUGGGGCGGCACAUACCUAUAUGACUAAUUAUAAGGGAGUGCCCCCCCUGAGGCUUUAAAGGCUGUUAGUAAAUUCCAAUCAGCAACGGAUGGCAAGAAAUAACAUGAAAUGAAACUUGAAAAAGUCGGGCCCACCUUUUUCAAGUUCAAUUCAUGUCCAAUUUCUUUGAAGUUUGAAUUCUUUGUCCCCCGAAAUCACCAAAAAUUAUUAUUGUUUAUGCUCCCUAAUGAAUUUUUUUCUUGAUAUCUUCUUAAUAACUCUACAGGAGCCUUAGAUGUGUGAGUAAAGGCACUUAGUAAUGACUUCAGUACAGAAUUUAUCUAAAAUAGCAAUAUCCUGGGAAGCCCCUUUAAACUACGGUUACCGUUAGAUAACAUCGAGUGAAGCCAGAUUGGACACCUUAUGAAUUUUACACAACGCAUUAUUUCCAUAAUGGAACGAGACUGGAAUGUAGAGUGAGGCUAGAAUAGCUGAAGAAACCAAAACUACAGGGCGCCAGUUAUGGAGAGAACACAGGAGAGAGUUAAGCACUGAUCUGCAGUGAUUAGGGUUGAGCACUGAACUGAAAACGGUUAGCUUUCAAAUGUUGUAAUGGGGUACGGCAUAAGAACAUGUAUAUUUUAAAAAUUAUUGGAUUUGGCAGCUAGUCCUCGAUGGUGUAGUGGAUAUGGAUGUAGGCUAUAAAGCAAUUGACCCGGGUUCAAAUCAUUAUAGUGGAUUUUUUCUAUGUCAUUUUAUAUUACACAGUAAAGUUGGACUUAAGUUGUUCUUCAUGUAAUUUUACUGAAAGAAACAAUCUGACUUCAGCCGAUGUUACCUAAUGCUAACCUUAAACUUCCUCCUCUACCACGAGGGGGAGGUAGGGUAGACCUCUCUUCUUCCUACUUUUUCAGCCAAUAUCUUCCUCCUCCUUACUUUUUCGGGCCAUUUCUCCCUCCUCCCUAUUAUGUACCUCCCCCCUCUACCAUGGUAUGCGGGACUGUAUAAUUCACAGUCAUGCUUACAUUGAUGAUUAUCUUCCAGGUACCAGACCGUCACUUUCACAACCGCGUCCCAGUCUUCCAAGUCCAAAACCCAAGCGAAGCAGGACUUCGUUCACCCCCAUGCAGUUGGAACGUUUGGAGGAGGAGUUUUCAAUGGAUAUGUACGUGGUUGGUUUGAAAAGAAUGAAGCUGGCAAACGAGUUAAACCUGACAGAAAGACAGGUUAAGGUGUGGUUCCAGAACAGAAGGAUGAAGUACAAACGAGAAAGAGCAAAGACAAGAUCAGAUGGAGGAAAGUAA